UGGGGAAGAAAUGCGGAGGCCAUAGAUUUGGGUCGUUUGAUAGAGGAUAGUUCUAGAGAGCCUGUGGUUGCUUUAAUAAUGGGGUGCACCCAUAAAAAGCAAGAUUCUGUGCUCAAGCUAUCUACUAGCUAUGGAUCUCAGGUUUGCAUCAACAUGGAUAUCCCGGAUAUUGUCGCUUUGCGUGCUAGGCUGGUAGGAUCUCAUUAUCCAAUUGAGCUUAUUAUGGAAAGGGGCCGGCGAUAUGAGUCUGACGAGAUUCAGGUCGUCACCGUGCCAGAGAUGUCUGCUAUGAACCCGCAUGUUGCAUCGAGAUUUCAGAGCAAGAUUGUGAUUGAUGGUGUCCAGCCUAACAAAGGAUGGUGGUUCUUGUCCUGUGAUGAUUGUAAUUGUAAGGCGUAUGAGGAAGGAUCUGUCUAUAGGUGUAACAGAGAAAGGUGUUCUUGCAAGAGUGCAAGCCCAAGGUUUUGUCUCCCUUUGGUGGCGUCUGGAGACGAGGUUUCGGUAGAGAUGGUUUUCUUUGGUGAUGUGGCGCGGGAUUUAGUUGGCAAACCUGCUGAAGUCCUGGUUGCUGAGAACUGCUCACUGAUUUCUAAUGUGCCUGCAGAAAUAGCUUCUUUAACGGGGAGAAGCUAUGCUGUUGAUGUCUGUGUGUCUCGGUAUUCUUUUCGUGCUGAAGAUAUUGGGUUCCGGGUCCUUAACUGCUAG